AUGACUUUAACAAUAUGUUUCGAUUACUCAACAAAUGAAAAUGAAAAUAAUAUUUAUGAAAAUAUUAGUAUAUCUCAUUUUCAUAGAUUUGAUACAAGUCCAGCUGUCAAUAAUAAUUGGACAAUUUUAUGUAAUAAAUCUGUUGAUACAAGUAUAAUAAAUUAUGACGAAGCUAAAAAUAAUUUAGUGGAUAAUGUUAUUCCCACUGUAACAAUGAUUUUAUCUUUAAUUGGAUUGAUAAUUAACUUAUUUUUUAUUCAUAUUGUAAUUGUGGGUUUAAAACGAAAAUUAUUACCUUUUAAAGGGCAUACCUUAAUGUUAAACAGAUCCAUUACGGAUGCUAUUGUUUCAGCAAUUAUAUUUUUUUUCACAGUAAUGCACAAAUUUGAUUUAGUUGUGGAACAAAGUUUGUUGAAAAAUGGAACUAUUUUGUUAAAUUCAAGUUGCUACAUUUUUACAUACACAAUUAGACAUGGAAGAACAUGGUUUACAUUACUUUUAACAAUUGAUUAUUGGGUUAUUUCAACUGUUUAUGCAUCUUUAGCUAUAAUAACAUUUAUUGCUAUAAGAUAUCCAGUAUAUACAAGAACAAGUAUGACUGAUAAAAAAAUUUUAAUUGGAACAUCAACAUUAACAAUAUUAGGUGUAAUUUACAGCAUAAUUGUAAUUUUUAUCAGUAAAAAUGAUGCUUUCAAUGUAUUUAAUGGAUCAUCUGAUUUGAUUCAAUGGACAGUUACAACACAAGAUUAUAUUAUGUCCAUUUUUAACAUAAUAAUUGUUACUUUGGCAUUUUUCAUAGUAAUAUUAUCACAUGUUUUAAUUGUAAUUUUUUUAUAUCGUCAUAAAAAGCAAUCUGGAAGUGCACAUUUGCAUCUACUGAAAUUUCAUCGUAUGAGUAUUAAUAUAACUAUGUUUUGCCUUACUUGUGGUGUAAUGAUAAGUUUUGUUUCGCUGCCAAUUGUUUUAAAAGAAAAAAUUGAUGGAUUACAGGAUUUAUAUAAUAAUUCAUCAACAUGUCAGUCAGUUAUUGCUACAUAUCAACUAAGUUAUGAAAUGGCAAUAUGGUCCACAGCAGCAAUAAUAGGUUGGUUAUCAAGAAUUAUAUUGGAUCCUAUAUUGAAUAUUUCACUGGAUACAAGAUUUUUUGAAGUUGUCAAAACAACAUACCUUUUUCAAACUGCUGUCUCAGCAACACAAUCUAUGGCAAAAUUUAAAGCUGCAUCAAGUCCUGAUAUGAAUGCAAGGAGGAAAUUUUUAUUAAAAUGUUCUAAUCAAAAUGUUAUUCCAAUAAGUGUAAUUAUACCUAGUGGAUCCCACUUUUUUAAAUAUUCAGAAAAUUUAGAAGAAGUCAAAGACAGUAAGGAAAAGAAAAAGGAGGAAAAGAAAAAAAAAUUCUCUCAUGUGAGAAUGGAUGAAAGAAUUUUGUGA